UACAAAAUAAGAUGUGGAUAAACAUGUUUUUCGGUUGGUAUUGUAUGAUAUCCAAUAGUGAUAAUAGUCAAUUAGUGAUGAUAAAAAGGGUUCUCUACUCUUCCUCGUGGAAUCAUUCCAUUCCACCUUCAUUCCCACUACAACAUUCCAGAGAAAAUCUCAAUAAUCAUAACUCAACAACUGUUACUAAGCUUCAAAAAUGGGAGACUCUGCUGAGAAAGUACAUGAAGAGAAGGUUGAAGUUGAGACGAAACAUAAAGAAAAAGAAGAGAAACAUGAGAAAGUAGAAGAGAAGAAAGACAAACAUGUGGAAGGAGAGGAGAAGAAGAAGAAAGACAAACAUGAGGAAGGAGAAGAGAAGAAGAAAGAUAAACACGAGGAAGGAGAAGAGAAGAAGAAGAAAGUCAAGAAGGAGAAGAAGAAAAAGAAUCCUGAAGACAACAAGGAUGGCGCCAAACUCAAACAAAAGCUCGAAAAGAUCGAAACCAAGAUUCAGGCCUUGGUGGCCAAGAAGGCGGAGAUUUUGAAAUUGAUCAAAGAAGCUGACCAAGUAGCCUCACCAAGAAGUUAAGUUCAGGAGACAUGGAUUGACUUUUGACCUCUCUUGAGAAAAUAUUCAAUUGAUUUUACAAUAAACGACCAAAGGGUCCAAGACCCUUGUGUGUAAAUUGUGUUUCUGUGACUAUGUUAAACAAGGUCAUGUAUAGUAAUAGUAUUUACAUCUCUUGUAGAUUCCAGAUUCAUUGUAUCAUUAAGGGAACUGUUUAUUACUUACCAUAUUAAUGAUGAUUUUAUGUUGUUAUUAUGACUUAAUCAAAA